UUGGGGAGGCUUGUGGAUCGACGAGCUUGUGUGUGUAUGUGUGUGUGUGUUUGUGCCAUUAUUAGCUAUAAAACAGCAACACACACACACAAAGAAACCAAACGGACACAAACGUUGGACGACUCGCCGUUAACUAUGGGCCCGCCGGGAGACACGCACCGCCACACAUCGACUGAAAGAGCGGAGGAUUUCAGCUGGAUUGUCGAUUUAUCUUGACAUGGCAUGCAGCAGGGCGAGUCGGAGGUUGUGACGACGGAAGAAAAGGAAGAGAAAGAAAAACAAGCGCAGCAAAACACCUCGAAACUUCAGACGUGAAGGAGGGGAAAGAGAGAAAGGGAAAACAAAUAAGAGGGGAAAGAUUUUGUUAAGGUUGUGUUUUUUAGUCGUUUGGUUGGCUUGUUGAAUUAUCUUAAUUAUCCGUCGAUGAAGUUGUUGACAAGACACGACUGGUAGCAACAACAAAAAAAGCUAAAAAGAAAAAAUGCUGAGCACAGGCAAAACCAGCUAGGUCAGUCAACCCCCUGCAGGUCUCUUGACUCUCACAGCACUGGCAGUCAUAUUGAAGCAAGCGAGAAAAUGUAAACGCGUGAAAAGAUGACUGUACGCUAGCUAGCCAACCAACACACAGGCCUCAAUUAAGCCAAGCCGUCAAGAAGAUAAGAUGUAGCUUUAUCGUCGGUUCACUACUAGUUAGUGUCUGAGAAGUGAAUGCCUAGAUUAGCUUGCUAGCUAGCUCACCUUAGCUAGUGUGCUAAAAAUACGCCCGCAUCAUGACUAUCAGCAGUGGCAGCACCGCGGGCCGUGGGCCAAAUGAGUGGCAGUAAAAAGUCAAGGAAAUGUCAAGUUACUUUCGCAGUAGUCUUCGAUGUUACCCGGUGCCAAUAUCUCCUGGCAUCUGUAUUUAUCUGCCAUGUUCGUCUGUAUCCCCAACCUGUCUGUAACACGCAAAUAACGCUCGACAAGAGAAACAAACACACACACAAAAAAAGACAGCCAUGGAUGAGGGGACUUUGAAAUGACCCAAUUAGUAGAAUAUUUGUCAGCUUGCUAGUCUCUGUAGUCCUCAAUUUCACUAGCAAAAAAAUAAUAUAUAUCGCCGAUAUGGGGUUUUUAUAGUAGCAGCUGCUUCUGUUCAUUUCAGUAACAUCUACAGAAGGAAAAGUCAAGUCAAAUUUGAGUUGCUCUUUCAUUUAAAUCUCCGUUGUAAUCCUGUGUCGAUGGCAGGUUGAAAACAAGCUCAUUUGGCUUUAAAGUCAUGUCUUAAAACAUGGAUUUUUGAAUAAGUAAUAAGGAGAUGUAGUCUUAGCUUGUUGAUCAUUCCCCUCCUCAACACUGCCCUUUUUACAAAAAAAAAUUAAAAUGACUUAGUUUUCUUUUAGAUUUGCUGACCUUUUCAGUUGGUAGUUAGUGGGUAUUUCACAGAUCUAGAGUUGUUUGAUGCGUUGUUUCUGCAAAGGGUAGCUCGCUCCAUCCUUUAUCCAACGUAUAAAUACAAAAUAGAGAGUGUAGACAAAAAUAUUCUGCACAAGAGAAGACGCUGCCAUCAAAAUCUAACCAUGGGAGACCCAACUUCACGAAGAAAUCAAACAAGAAGUCGACUUCGAGCUCAACUGCGGAAGAAAAGGGAAUCUUUGGCUGAUCAGUUUGACUUCAAGAUUUAUAUAGCCUUCGUUUUCAAAGAAAAGAAAAAGAAGUCUGCACUUUUUGAGGUAGCUGAAGUGGUGCCAGUGAUGACUAACAACUAUGAAGAAAACAUCUUACGAGGUGUGCGGGAUUCCAGCUACUCUUUAGAGAGUUCGAUAGAACUCCUGCAAAAAGACGUUGUGCAACUACACGCCCCCCGAUACCAGUCGAUGCGAAGGGAUGUGAUAGGCUGCACACAGGAGAUGGACUUCAUCCUUUGGCCACGCAAUGAUAUUGAGAAGAUUGUCUGUCUGCUGUUCUCCAGAUGGAAGGGGGCUGAUGACGAACCCUUUAGGCCUGUUCAGGCCAAGUUUGAAUUUCAUCAUGGAGACUAUGAGAAGCAGUGCUUGCAUGCUUUGGGUCGUAAAGACAAGGCUGGAAUGGUCAUGAACAACCCAACUCAGUCUGUAUUUCUCUUUAUGGAUAGACAGCACUUACAGACUCCUAAAACCAAGGCCACAGUUUUCAAGUUGUGCAGCCUCUGCCUGUACUUGCCCCAGGACCAGCUGACCUGCUGGGGUGUUGGAGACAUCGAGGAUCACCUCCGACCAUACAUGCCUGAUUAAGGCUUCCUGCUCCACCCAGCCACAUAGGGAAAAGCCCUUCCCCCACCCUCCUGCCUAAGCCUUCAGAAGCAAAUUGAUGUACUCAUCUCCACCAGUUUUCCUUUAAAAAAAGAUUUGAACUUGUGCUUGGAUCUCUCCUUUUUUGUUAACUACUCGUUCUCCCUCCCUGACCUGAAGCUGAUUCAGUUCCCAUCCUUGUUUUCCCUCACGCUCCCAAUGUUCCUCCUCUUCUCUCUGCCAUUUUUGGAUUGGUUCCCCAGUUGUUGUUUUUUAUUUCACUCCCUCUUCAUUCCCUUCUACUCACUCAUCCAGUUUUGUUUAUUUGAACCUGCACGAACAUUGAUUUUGAGUGGUUGGUUGUUCUCUUGGAGCCGCACUGUCAACAGCACCGGUCAUUGAAGGAACUCUUUAUGUUGCAUCAAAACAGGAACAAACAAUACACAGGUCUUCACGGUGGUUCUCAGAUGGACGUGUUUUAUAUCCUUGUUGUCAUAAGAAAGGAUUGUUAAAGCUUGUAAUGUCAAUGGGGUUUCUAGAACAACUUUAUACAAUCUUUUGACCAAGGACAGGUGUGAAUAGGUGUUAAAACACCCGUGUAAGCAAAGAUAACAAGAUGAACAAUGUUUGUCAAAUCAUAUGGUGUAGGUAUUGCUUCUUAUAAACCGCCUUAGUUUUUUGCUGGACUUUUAAAGAAAUGUUUUGGUGUCAUUUGCUUUCCUCUGAAAAUUGCUAGGCAGGCCUUUGCUAAAAUCUUGAGUGACUUGAAAGGCAUUGUACACAAAGUUGAGACAUGUUGGUUAGAUGUUGAAGGUCAUUGUCACCGUUCAAGCCGUUCAUGCACUAUUUCAUUUAAGCUACUGAAAUCUGAUGUUUUAUGUUUUUGUUUUAUUUGGGAUGUGGGUUGGUGAGAAACUGAAAUGGUGACAUACUUUUGUUUAAACUUAACUUACCUAACACAAGUUGCUGAAGCUAACUGAUUUUUUGUUUUUGUUUAAUUUGACCUACUAAAAUUAAGGAUAAUUUGCUGCCAUGCUCAUCAAAUUAAAAUUGGGGUUUGCAGGCUUUACUUGUCAAAGAAUAUGAAGUACAUAGUACAAAUAAUUUGUUGAUUCAGUGUGUUCAGUUGAAAGGGUAUAAGGCGUGUAACUUCUGGGUUUUUUUCUGUUGAUUCUCAAAUCAAUACUGCUGAGCAUAUCCCAAUACAGUGCAAAUUUUGAAA